UCCGCACUGUUGCUCAUGUGACUAUGCUAUGAUGGUUUUGUAAUAACUACAACAAUUAAAACACUAAAUGUAUAAUUUCAUGAAAAGUGUUUCUAUAUUUUAGUUCAAUUUGUUAUAAUUAUAAAUUAUUCUUAAAAUUUCUUUAAUAACUACGUUGGUAACCAUCAUAUUGCUAGAUAGUUUAAGCGUAUUUUUAAAUGGUGGGGGUAUAAUAGACGCUGAGUGUCCAAGUGGCGUAGUACGAGCCGUGUAUAGAAGUUUUAAUUUAUAUAGUUUCUCAGGUGUAUGCAUGGUUUCUCUAAGUGACUAAGUUAUUUUUGGUUUUGUUGAAUAUUUUAAUAAUCGAGUUCUACCGAUCAUUAACCACAACAUUUUCAGUUACAAAUAUUCUUGAACUAUGAAAAAUGCUCUACUUUUUGUUAUUCGCUGUGUAUAGGCUAAACUAUAUAAUAUUAUCAUCAUAACAUUGAAUUUUGUCUAAAAAAAUUUUGGCAUGAUCUUAAGGCUAUAGCCUUUAUUCAAAUAUGAUUAAGUGAGUAAACGUAAUGGACCAAUCUAAUAAUACAAGAGACACACGAUACAUAGAUCUUGGUUAUACCUUAGCUUUAAUGGGAAGUAACACAACUGGAAUUUACAGACAGUCAUCAAAUUGUCAGACAAUUACUUGUGAAGAUGACAUAAUAUCGAAUGCCAUCGAAAAUAUUCCUAAUUCUAUUAUGGCAUCUGAUUCUGUAACAAUGAUAUCUCAAGCUACUAGUAAUGUACAUGAUGUACCUUUACAACGAGGUUUUAAGAGAACUUCUAAUAUGUGUUACGAUGACAAUACUAUAGAAUCACAACAAAUUUCUCAUCAACCUCAAAGUUGUUCUAGACCAUGUGUAUCAAAUGAAAAUUAUAGUAAUUCAGAGGAUUCAAAAAAAUCACCACCUUCCAAUGGUAAAAAAACUAAAGGAAGGGUGAAAAUAAAAAUGGAAUACAUUGAUAAUAAAUUGAGGCGAUAUACAACUUUUUCUAAAAGGAAAACUGGAAUCAUGAAAAAAGCUUAUGAACUUUCAACUCUGACUGGUACACAAGUUAUGCUAUUAGUAGCUAGUGAAACCGGACAUGUCUAUACAUUUGCAACACGAAAGUUACAACCAAUGAUAACGAGUGAAUCAGGCAAAGCAUUAAUCCAAACAUGUUUGAAUAGCCCAGACCCUCCUAUAUCUGGAGUGACUGGAGAUCAGCGUAUGUCUGCUACAGGUUUUGAAGAAACUGAAUUAUCAUACAACAUUUCGGAUGAAGAACAAAAAGUGCGACAGCUAGUGUAUGGGACUCCGCAUAGCAGCAACAUGAAUAUGGGAUAUACGAAUACUUCUGGGCAUUCCAGUUUACCUCAUUGUUCAACAUCUCACACACAUCACACACACCUCAUAACAAAUGUUCAUUCUGUUUCACCUUCAACGCACUUAGUUCCCUGUUCAAGUCCGACUCCUCUUCUCACGGCAAGUCCAUAUGUACAAACAUGUCCUUCACCACUUCCUCAAACUCCAUCUCCGUAUCAUCAAAAUAUAUCUCACACACCGAACCAACGGUAGUUAAUGCCGAUGUUAAAUAGAAUAAUAAAAAUUUUAUCUGUUUUGUUGAACAAAAGAUUUGUUUUCUAUGCAUUUAGUUAGGCAAAUGUUCUAAAUAAUCAGAUUAUUAUGCGAUUUUGAAUUUUAUAGUAGCGUUAGCUGAUUUUUUAUUCAGCAUUUUAUUUUCUAUUAUUUUCUUUAACUAAUGUUAUUAACAUUGACGUAACUGUAAGAAUGAGUGUUCUUAUGUUUAAUUUGAUAAUUAUUUUAAAACUGUAACAAACUGAAAAGCGUUUAAAAUGUUAUGUAGUUUUAUUCACAAAAUAUUAAAAUAAUUUUUUUAACAUA